CAGACAGUCGAUUCUGCAGAGACGAAAUGUAAAGCCUACAUAACAGCUCGAUAAUCUGCCUGCCGCUCUAACUGCUCUGCCGUGUUCAUUAUUUUAUGCAGCUGAACCGCUUGUCUAUCCCGACUAGCUACAGAGUCAUGAAGACGCCGCUUUGCAGAAAUUAGGCCAAAAUCUCGUUUUCAUACGCAGACAAAAGUACGCUAGAACCUGAUAGUACUGGCUAUUUUAGGCAUUUAUCUAUAUAGUUAAUCAGCAGAUACUAGCCAUUGCAUAGCGGACGUUUCGUUGGAAAAAAAGUCAAGUGUUAGCAGAUACACACAGAGAGACGGGGUUUUUGUAUAUUACGAGCUGGGACAAUGAAUGUGUUAAAGGCGUGCACAGGUCUACUCUUAAUGCUGUGCAUAAACAGCGGCAGUGGCCAAAUCAAAGGCCCCAGAAUGACCCUUGCCGAUCAUUGUGGACAGAUAGUGACCGUCAACAACAGUAUCCAUCUUUUCAACGAGCCUGAAGGGGGGAGCAGUGACAACUCAACGCAGACCUGUAGAGUGACGUUCAAAGCCAAGAACCCGGAUGAGCGUCUGUUAAUUCACUGGGUGAUUCCUUUCCAAGUUGGCCUGAAGAAAAGAUAUGGUCCUUCGUCCUUUGCCUUUGGCUUGAGCACGUGGAUGGUUAGGCGCCUAGAUGAGAAUGGGCUGGAUGUAAUUGAUAACUCCACUGGCAACAGUUUGACGGAGGGAAGAUGGUUCGGGUUAAAGAUGCUUGUGAAGGAGUACGUCUCUGUUUUUGAGAGAGAAUUAAGUGUCCAAGAAGUCUACCCUGAAGAUAGAGGGACUUCCUUGCCAAAGGCAGAGCAAGGGUUAAGGGAUUGGACGUCUACUGGCCAGGCACUGAUAUUUGACUACGUGGGCAUCAAUACCAUAGACCAGAUUCAGGCCGUACUGACGGCUUUUAAAGAUCCCAGUAUGUGUGCGAAGAAUGACACCAGCAAAUUUAUCUGUAAUGGCACCGCAGUCUGUAUCUCGAGUGAUUUGGUCUGUAACGGGGAGAACAACUGCGGCGGAGAGGACAACAAGAGCGAUGAAUUGAAAUGUAAAGCCCCAGCCAGCAGCGCUGGUUUUCAUGUGCAAUAUCUCCCACUGGUGGCGUGGGCGUGUCUCUUUGCCUUGAUUGUUCAGUACUACAUCCAAGCUCCCACGGGUGAUGAUUUUGUCAAUAAAUAAGCCACACGAAUUUUCCUCCUCUCCUAAUCCUACAGAUUCCUAGUUUACACGACAAGAUUCAAAGAAAUGACAGUGAAUCUUCUCAACCCAGCGUGUGAUAAGAAAACUUAGAAUGAAAGUCAUAUGUACCUGUCGUUAAUUGUAGUCCUUGAUAUAUUAACUUCAGACCUGGAAACUAUGCACCCUUUUUAUUUCACGCUCAUGAGGACCUUGUGAAGACCAUGAUUCCACAUGACAUUUCUUUUUUAAAACUCUGUUGGAGGUGGCAAACACGUAGGGCACUCAUAUUUAUCUCUACCCGUUUUAUGAUCGCUCAAACUUAACACUGAAUUUAUAUGAGUCGCUGUUUAACACGGGUUUCAAUGUGUGUACGGUAUGGAGUGUUUUUUAACAGAAUUGGCAGGUGGUAUAAAGGCACAAAAUGUAAAAAUGUUAUUUUAAUGUGAAAAUGUUAAUAGAUUAAGAGUAAUGACCAUUAUUAUGUUGUAUAUUGAAGUAGAAUUUUUAAUAGCUGGACCAUUGUGUUGUUUUCAUUCGCCAGUGUUUUUUAUGUCAAAUUUUGAACAGAACAAGCCUAAUUGUCUUAUAUAACUUGUUUGUAUUAUGUUGGGAAGUUUAUUGAUAUGGAUAUGCCAUUUUUUGAAACGGCUGGAUGUCAAACUGUGUACGUUUUGAUAUAAAUUUGUUUUAUAUAUAUA